AUGAUUGGCCGGGUUACAGUUGCGUCUUUGCUCGCGUUCGCCAGUGCCGUCCGCGGCGGUACUACGAUUUGGGAUGGUUCCUUCAACCCUUUCACCACUGUUGCCGACUUCGACAAUUGGUCUUGGGCCAACGAGGUCGGAACUUACCAAUGGUACAUUCACGGCAGCGAACCCACUUCGCACUACCUCGCUUUGGAUCCCUCGUACAAAAACCCGGCAGACACCGCCGAGACACACGGUCUUCGUAUCACCAUCGACUCUACUGCCACCUGGAACUCGAACAUGGAGCGGGCAGAGCUUAUUCCCCAGACUACUCAGAAUUUGGGUACUGGGAAUUUGUUCUACCACUUCUCUCUGAUGCAUGAUGACACGAGUCCUCCUGACUCUACUCUCGAGCAUCAAAUUUUCUUCUUCGAGUCUCAUUUUACCGAGGCGAGUAACCUCCGCAUGUCUGAACAACGUGUGCAGCUCAAGUACGGUGUUGCCCCCAAUCCGACCAACCUCGAGUGGCACGUUAGCUCCCAACCGCAGUGGAGCACGCCCUUCGUCGCAGGACAGUGGUACAACUUCGCGUACGACAUUGAUUUCUCAGCGGAGACGGUUGGUCUCUGGGCAUCAAACGGGUCCGCUCCCCUAACCAAAGUCGCUAACAACAUCGCGGCCUCAACCUCCACCAACUCUGAGGACUUCCACGUUGGCAUCCUUCGUAUCGUCAACACCCCGACGCCCGAGACUUGGUAUGUCUCUGGAGUGUACAUCGAAUCGGGUCCCAUCACGACAGCCAUCGGUUCCGGCACAUCUUCUCCUGCGCCCCCGGGCUCAACCUCGGUGACUCCGACUACCCCACCUACCUCGACGGUGCCUGUGUCGACCCCAGUCUCUUCCACCACAUCGGCUUCCGGCCCUGCUCAGAGUCAAUGGGGACAGUGCGGCGGAACUGGCUACACCGGCCCGACUGUCUGCGCAAGCCCAUUCACUUGCACCGCUGUGUCGCCUCCUUACUACUACCAGGUGGGCAUUGAGUCCUCGAGUGGUAGUCACCCACUUAAUACGAGCGUUUUCCUUCACAGUGCCAGUAAGAUACAAGUUUGA